CAUUCUUGAGUUAUACUCAGUCUAUCAAUUACUAUCUCCUAUAUUCACAGCCACAUUUGGCUAGAUCUUGUACAUAUGUCAUUUUCUAUUUUAUGGUACGAUGUGGUCUGUCUAGUUGGUAUGUUUGAAAUACAUGAUUCAUAUCGCGGAGGCUGAGAUUGGUGUUCCGGAUUUAACAGGCAGAGCUAGGCAGGAAGAAGGACCGAUAAAGACUCUAGACUGCUCGUACACGUUUAUGUGUCAUUGGUCAGGUCGAUAAAUCACUGUUCACUAAUUGGCCGUAUCAUUAAUUCAUAAGUUAUAACAGUUAUAUGUGAAAUAAGUCAACUACAUCUUUCCGUGUAUGUCUAUAAAUAAGUAUUUUAUUUCAAUUCACUCUAUAGGUUCAAUACCAAAAUAGUACCUCCAAAGCUUUAUGAAAUCGCUAUAAUGGUGAAAAUAGUGAAUAAAGCUGAAAUUUUGAAACUGUCCUACCUGAGGUUAUCGCUUAUAUUUUUGUUGUAUAGUUAGCAAAUAUGUGAAUUACUUUUGUAUUACACUAUAAGUAAGUCUUCAUCUGACACAUAAACUUAUAUUUUACCUUGAACUUUUCUUAAGUUAUUUUUAAUUAGUUACGGACCCAUUACAUAGUUCUAUAACGUAGAUAUGCCUACAAUGUUUCUUCUUAUGUAUACUGAUAUAAAGUUAUAAAUUUACUAUGAAUUAAUGUACGAACCAAGUUAUAAAGUUGAACUGCACGGUUACCAGUUAUUUAUCUGUUUUUUUCUGAGCUCUAUUCUGGUUAUCGGACGAGCGAGCAAAGGAGAACUGCAUUCUCAACCAAUUGUUGCAUCAUUGAUGAACACAGUGAUGGAUCUGAUGCAGAUGUGAAGGCAUGGAUCGGCAAAGCAAAAGCAGUAUAUUUAUAACUGAAGAAUAUCAGGAACUCAAAACAAUUGUCAAACAACAACAGAAUCACAAUUUUCAAUACAAAUGUCAAGACAGUUCUACUGUAUGGGGCGGAAACUUAGAGAACUACACAAGUCAUCAUCCAGAAGAUACAAGUGUUUAUUCACAGUUGUCUACGCAAAAUAAUUCGGAUCCGUUGGUCAAACACUAUCAGCAGCAACCUACUAUGGCAGAGAAAAACCAAAUGCCAGAGGAGGAAGAAACCGGGAAGAAGCGUUGGAAGUGGAUAGGACACACUUUGCAGAAAGCACCCAUCUGCGUCACAAGACAAGCCCUCGCUUGGAAUCCUCAAGGUCUAAGGAGAAGUGGAAGACCAAAGAACACAUUACGCCGAUAAAUGGAGACAGGCAUUGGAAGAAUGAACAGCAAUUGUAUCGAACUAGAAAGGAAGGCGGUGGACAGAGUAGGUUGGAGAAUGCUAGGUCGGUGGUUUAUACUCCAUUGGGAGUAACAGGCGUAAGUAAUGUUACACAACUUCAUUUUAUAAAUAUUAAUUUCUAUCUACUUUAUGCAAUAUUGUAAAUACAUUUCUGAUUGAAUUUUUAAAUAUUGAUGACUAUUUUUCUUAUACGUCUAUUUACAUAUAUUUUUCUUGAUGUUCUAUUCUUAGAGAAACCUUGAUAAUUCCUUAAAAUAGUCGUCAGAACACAGGAGAAUGGGGGAAAUGCACUGAGAACUACUGUACAUAUAUAAUUCAAUGAAGUUACUAUAUUUUGUUACUCACACUUUGGUUAUAUGCACACAGAUAAGUCUAAUGAGUUUGAUGGAUUUUGGAAAGUGAAUUGUUUAUUUCGAUAGUGGAACAAGAGAUUUAUCGAAGGGACUAAUUGCUUUAAGUCUGAAUCGUUCAUUGAUGAUGAGUAUGUUGAUUUCAAUUCUAUUCCUAAUUAUGAGCUCCGACUAACCUGUCUCAUCACUGAAUCGCUGGUGCGUUGUAAAACCAUCUUAAUUAUGUAUGCAUUCAGUAAAUGUGAUAUUUGAAUGGAAUUACGUAUCUUGAAAAAUGUUUAUUUAGACAACAUAUUGUACUGAAAAUAUAACAUGUAGUAGUGACGUGCUCAUCCUACAUACGGAUACACGAGAAUGAUUGACGAGUAAAAUUCUUGGAGCAUGUUAUCAGAAAUCGCGAGACUGAUGAAAAUAAUCUAACUGGUCAGAGUAUCUCAUAAGCUACAAAACGAAUUCUAAGAUAUCACUGAUUAUGCGUCCAUUAUGCAAAUGAGACAAUUAAUGAAUCUCUCACCGACUUCAGCAUGUUUUCUAGAAGGUUUCAGAAACUCGGAGCUAUAUGUCAUCGUAUAAAUCCCCCUACUUUUUCUGUAAACAGGUUUACAUCAAUAGUGAGACUUUUCCUGAAUAUCCCACCUUCUAUAUUCUUUUCCAGAUUCAAGAGGAAAGUAAUUUUGUGAGUUGGGAAGGGAUUAUGAAGUCGGGAUCUUAACAUCAAUUGUAGUAUUUUGGAUCUACAAAUAUCAUGUCGGUCUGUUUAAUGUUAAUUCUUCAUUCGAUUGUUGUACAUUUGUAAUAUGCUCUGUUUUACUUAGAACUUAUUGACAUGGAUUGAUGCAGUCUGAUUAGGUUGUCAACUCACUAUCAGGAAUGUAUGGUAGCAUGUCGAUUAGGCUAUAUAGCUCUAGAAGAGAUUUAUUAGAGGUGUGCCAUAAUCAAAAGCAAACAAUAGAUGCAGUAGACCAGUGUAAAUGCCAUAUAACCCAUGCAUCUCUACAAGCAGUUAUCACUAAAUAAAAAUAGAAACCAAGCUAUUAUUUUCAAAUAGUAACUAGCCGUUGGAUGCCGGCUCAGUGGCCUAAUGGUUAAGUGCUCGCGCGAGAAACCAGUAGGUCCUGGGUUCGAAUGUCUCAGGGGGCAAGGUCGUGUAUGCGCACUGCUGAGGAGUCCCAUAAUGGGACGAAAUGGCCGUCCAGUGCUUCCAGGUUUUCCAUGGUGGUCUAGUUUCAACUGACUCAUAAUCUUAACCACUGAAAUUACUACAAUCUCCACAAAACCCAUCUGAUAGUAACUACAGUGACGAACUACGUAUAAAUGAAAUACAUCCGUUGAGCCCUAGGAAAAAUGGUUCAGUGAAGAGUUAUCUUGAAAUUCACCGUAAAGAAAAAUCUUCACUGAAACAAUAUUUCCUGUAUUUACUAACUAUAUGAUUGAAUAAUACGCAUCUUUGUCUAUUCACGUUUGCAGAGGAUAAAAUGUUUCACUUGAUAUUGAUUAAUCACAAAAAGAUAUAACCAUCGUGUAAAAGAAUUACAAAUAAACCAUGUCACCAAGAGUCUCCAACCAUUGGUUAUGAUAGUCACGCGGACUCCAACCAAGUAGUCUACAUCUACCAACAUGGCUCAGA